AACAAUUCGCGAUGACCAGGACAGCCCACCACGCCCACCCCACCCCCUCCUACCCCGUCUACUGCCUCGACUGGGCCACAGACGACUCCCUCCUCCUCGGCGGCGGCGGCGGCGCGACGAAAAGCGGUAUCCAGAACAAGCUCAAAUUGUGCAAUGUCUCGAAAGACGGCAAGAAACUCAAGUAUCUGAAUGAGCUCUCUCUGAGCAACGAUGAAGAUGCGCCUAUGACUAUGGCUGUUGACAGGGCGAGCAAACAACUCGUGACUGGAAUAAAUGCCUCGCAAGAAUCCAUCCAGUCUGGCGUCAAUGAUAACGUCCGAGUGUACUCUUAUGGUGAUGAAAAGAUUGAGCUGGUAAAAGGCCAGAAGACGAUAGACGCUGCCUGGUCCGAUGACUUUCCCUACCAAAAACUUUCAGUCAUCUCGCCUUCUGGCAAGCUCCUCGCUGUGGGAAGCACAGACAACAAGGUCGCCAUUCUCCAGUUCCCUACACUGGAGCCAGUGACUGCUCUGUCCACUGAUGCCGAGCUUACCGACCUUGACUGGGGAGGUCCAGAUGGCAACUGGCUGGCCGUGACCACACUCUACGCCCUCGCCCUCUACCACCUCUCGCCCUCCCUUGCCAUCACUCUCAAACAAACCAUCUUCCCCCCAACGCUCGACAUUGUCCCCGUCGCUUUCCGCUCUGCCCGUUUCUCUCGCUCUUCCUCUACUCCGCUACACUUGCACUCCGUCCUCAACGCCUCCAAGGCGGCCAAGCGCGGAGGGCCGAGGAAGGCUUUCGUGUGUACCUUUGGAAUUGUGGCGGAGGCUAGUAAAGCGCCUUUGACUGAAGAGGAGAAGGCGACGGCUGAGAAGAGCGGGGCAGGGGAGGAGGAAGAUGUGGGGAAAUGGGAUGUUUUGGCAAAGAGGGAGGUUGCGGGGAAGCCUGUCACAGCGUUUGACGUUAGGUAUGCUCUUUCGUUAGUUUUGAGGGCUGCAACUGAUAUUCUUGCACUAGCUCUGAUGGCAAGAUACUGUCUUACGGCUGCUCAGACCUUUCUAUCGGUAUCCUCGACGCCCGAACUCUGGCCCCCCUCCUCAAGAUCCUCCACGCCCAUUCAUUCCCUCCCACCGCUCUGAAAUUCAACCCUUCAGCUUCGUUACUAGUAUCGGCAAGUGCUGAUAACACGGUGAGGGUGGUAGUCGUGCCGGCCGACUUUGGUGGCUUGUCUGCCCCGAUGAUCUUCCUGAUAUUGACCAUCCUCAUCUUGAUCUUGGCUUUGGCUCUGAAAAAGUAGGACAAGGGGUGUUAGGUGAGAUGCGUGAUCUACGGUAGAUGUUGGGAUAUAUACUUGUGUUGUACUAGGCUUGCUACAUGAAUAGAGAUGAUGUGAUUCG